AUGCCUCUGGAUGUAGUGAUUGCCCCAGCGGAGGACUGCUUUUGGCCUGAUCUUCACGACACCGACAUGAGGCUUAAGAUCAGGGUCCGACGAAUGAAGGAGGGGAGGGAGCUACGAGGUGUGUAUUCACCUGGACGCACGAGACAAGGAGGAUUUGCCGCAUUCUCCUCUUGUUUCCCGGGCCUGUGCGAAGGGAAGCCUGCGACCGCUCUGCCCAUGAGCUUGUCCCAGCCGUGUUUGCCGGUGGCUAAUGUUGGGCCGACUCGCAUCCUGCCACACCUCUACCUGGGAUCACAGAAGGAUGUCCUCAACAAGGAUCUCAUGGCUCAAAAUGGUAUCACAUAUGUGCUGAAUGCCAGUAACACCUGCCCCAAGCCAGACUUCAUCAGCGAGAGCCAUUUUAUGCGUAUCCCAGUGAACGACAACUACUGUGAGAAACUACUUCCCUGGCUGGAGAAAACCAAUGAAUUUAUUGACAAAGCCAAGGUGUCGAACUGCAGAGUCAUUGUGCACUGCCUGGCAGGAAUCUCGCGUUCUGCAACCAUUGCCAUUGCAUACAUCAUGAAGACAAUGGGCUUGACAUCAGAUGAUGCCUACAGGUUUGUGAAGGACAGAAGGCCGACUAUAUCUCCAAACUUCAACUUCCUUGGUCAGCUGCUGGAGUUCGAAAAGGAACUUCGACUACUUCAAGCACUUACUUCAAACUCGGAUGAGCAGAAUGCUGAGAGCAGCAGUACGCUGGACUCUGAUGUUAAUGGGGUCAGCACAUGUUUGGAAAUGAAUGGACACAGCAGCUAUGAGUCAUCUGUGGCAGAGCCGCAGAUUCCUUCAGAACCUAAACUACCGUCACCCACGACGCUCCAGCAGGGCUUCAAUGGCCUGCACCUCUCCGCAGAGAGGAUCCUAGACACCAACCGGCUCAAACGCUCCUUUUCACUGGACAUUAAAUCUGUAUACUCCCCCACCAGUCCGCACUGUCCCACAUUGGCACCCACACAUUGUGAAGACGUCCCAAAGCUGUGCAAACUGGACAGUCCCAGUUCAGGCACUACCAACGGUGUCUGCUCCCAGUCUCCCAUCCAAGACAGUCCCAGUUCCUCUGACUCACCUUUCCCUUCUCCCGGGAGUGGGGGAAGCAUUGGAGGCCUAGGUUAUGGGGGACCUGACGGAGUUCAUCGGUCGUCCAGACCUCGAAGGAAAGCCAAGCACAAUUCUAACAGUUCCCCUGUCCACUCGCAGCCACAGCAGCCCCCCCAGACCCUCAGCUUGUCCCUGGAUAACAAUACCCCAUGUGGGGACAACCUGAAGGGAUCCCUUUUAUUGUCCCUGCCCUCUGUGCCCAGUGUGGGAUCAGGGGCCAUGUGGACCAAACACAGAGACUCUGUCCAGGCCACGACUCCCGUCACUCCAGUCACCCCAACCACAGAUGCCCCGUGGCACUUUGGUGCAUAUGAAGGGGGGGAUAUGGAGCUUGGAGUAAAUGGUACAGCAGAUGAUUCAACACUAAGGUUAGGGAGCAGUUCGGCCUAUAUGGCUUUUGGGUGCAGUGAAGGAGCUCGGUUACAUGAAAAAGCCCAAAGGGAGAAGCCUCCGACGGGGCAAACACAAAGAGACCAUCGGGAAACCUCAUCAACAACGUCCACCACAGGCUCGUCAGACAAACAGUUCAAGAGACGCAGCUGUCAGAUGGAGUUUGAGGAUGGCAUUUCUGAAACACGGUCCAGAGAAGAACUUGGCAAAAUCGGGAAGCAGUCAAGUUUUUCCGGCAGCAUGGAAAUCAUUGAAGUCUCCUGA